UGUGUUUAUACAUGGACGAGCACAAACUAAAUACAGAAUCACAAGAACUAACAGAGGACAAUGAGUAUCCUCAAGACAGCAACAAAAAUGAGUCUUCUGAUAGCGAACGCGAACAAGAGGAUGAAAUACUGCACUCUGACAUAAUCGGAGACAAGAACCUCUACAACCAUGGUGGGAAAGCAAAGCCAGGCUUCUGAGAUUACGUCGGAGAGAAGAAUAUCUCAUCAAACAUGAAGACCAGCAUCACUCACACACUAAACAAAGAAGAACAAAGUCGUGUAAGAAACAAAGAUAAGUCAGAUAAAGCAACAGUCGAUCAAGUCCUUGACCCUCGAACUCUCGGUAUUCUGAAGAAAUGGCUGAAGAAUAACACUCUCACUGAGAUCUUUGGAAGUGUUUCGACUGGGAAAGAAGCCAACGUCUACUACGCUUACAGGAAACCAAUGGAAUUACCUGAAAUCUCUGAGGCCGAGGAGCUAAAACCCAUAGCUCAUGCUGCGACAAAGAAGGAGAAGAGGGAUUAUAAAAAGAUCAUGAAAAUGAAGCAUGAGGAAAAAGAAGCGAAAGCUAGUAUAAAUUUCGACCAUGAGAAGGAAUUCGCAGUCAAGAUCUUCAAAACCACAGUCCUCGUCUUUAGAGACAGGGAGAGGUAUAUUGAAGGAGAGCACAGGUUCAGAAACUCUAAGUUCAAAAAUAACCCCUUUAAGAUGGUCAAGCAGUGGGCUGAGAAGGAAAUGAGGAAUCUGAAGAGACUCAAAGCAGCUAAUUUGUGCGUCCCUGAGCCUUACCUCCUGAAGAAUAAUAUCAUUGUCAUGGAAUUUAUUGGCAACAAUGGGAAUGCAGCACCUAGACUAAAAGACGCAGGAUUGACGGAGGAAGAAAAUAUUCUAGCAUAUUUUAAUGUCUUAAAACUCAUGAGAAAGAUGUUACAAGAUUGAAAUCUUGUUCAUGGAGAUUUAUCCGAAUACAAUAUGCUCUAUUUUAAAGACCAGCUCUACAUCAUUGAUGUGAGUCAGUCAGUUGAGCUAGACCAUCCGAUGGCUCUAGAUUUCCUCAGAAGAGAUUGUGUAAAUAUAAAUGACUACUUUGAUAAGCAAAAUAUUCAGACUUUGACAACAGAAAAAGCAUUUGACUUUAUCACUGAUACUAAAAUUUCUUCAAAAGAUAUGGACUUCACUCUCAAAGCAAUACUCGAACAGAACGAAGAAGAGAUCAAGAGUAUGACAUUUGAAGAAAGAAGGAAGCGAGAGAUGGAUGAUAAAGUAUUCCAGCAGAUGUACAUACCUCGAAAUCUCCAGUUGAUGUCAUUUGAAGAUAUAGAUAAGCUAAAUCAAAACCAAGCUCCUGAUGUCUUCAUCGGUAAAACAGGAGACUCCUCUGCGCCCAUAGUAACAAGGGAAUUCCAAGGGAUCGGUACUAGCCUUAAACAGACUUUACAGGAAGAAGCAGAGGGCGAAGAAACCGAAGAAGCUGAAAGUGAAGGCGAAGGUGAAGAUUGAACAAGACAGGCAAAGAAGAGAAAGUACGACCCCUUCGAAGGAAUGAGCAAGAAGGAGAGAAAACAGAAGGUUAAGGAGGACAAGAGGGAAAAGAGGAAGACAAAGGUACCCAAGUAUGUCAAGAAGAAAAUGACCAAAAAGGGAGGAAAUCGUAAAUAA